AGACGGUGUGCCUGGAGCCCACGUUGUGUCCAGAACCCCACGGUAGUAUAAAGCAUUCGAAGCUAUUGAAGAAUUAAUCUUCUACGGAAGAUUUCCCGAAAAGUGAAUUCCGACGCAUAAUUUUUGGACUGUCGAACUCUUGUAUUCUGUAUACAAAAUGGCCGCAACAACCGUGGCUGCUGAGCCCGCACCUGCACCCCACGCCGGCUUCCAGGAAGGGCUGCCCGGCCCAUCUAACCUGACAACUUCGGAGUCCUUGCUGGAGGAUCUUUCUAUCAAAAUCCAGGAGAAUGCGUGUCGCAUAAGUUCGUUCCUGCGUGGCAAUGGCCACUCGUUACCGUCGUUCAACGUGGACGCCCCUACCACCACCUUGCCAGCCUCGGCUCCAACUGAGAUCCACGCCGCACGACAGGCGCUGAUGGAGGCUGCUUUGGAGACGUUUCAGCUGGCGGCGGGCCCCAGCGAGUAUCUGCCACACCUGGCGGUCGGUUAUCAAUACAUCACCUGUUUGCGAUGGUUAACCCAUUUUGGAAUAUUCGCGCGGGUUCCUCUCACUGGUAGCGUCUCGUACAGCGAGGUCGCGGCGUCCGCGAAUGUCUCUGAACAGCAAUUGAAGACAGUGGCCCGGAUGGCCAUGACGAACCACGUCUUCUGCGAGCCGGAGCCGAACACCAUCGCGCACACAGCGACCUCUGCCCUCCUGGUGACCAACCCGAUGUUCCACGACUGGGCUACGUUCAUGUGCGAGGCAUCGGUCCCGACGGCGUCGAAGCUGGUCGAAGCCUCUGAGAGGUGGCCGGGCAGUGUGGAGAGGAACCAGACGGCAUACAAUGUGGCUUUUGAGACGGAUCUCCCUUUCUUCGACCACCUCGCCACGAUGCCGGAACGAACGAAGCAAUUCGCCAGCUAUAUGAAGAACGUCCAGAAUAGCCAGGGCACGGCCAUUCAUCAUCUUUUGCAGGGCUACGAUUGGGCCGCCUUGGGUAAAGCAACCGUUGUUGAUGUCGGAGGCUCCACCUGCGCCGCCAGCAUCGCACUCGCGCGUGAAUAUCCAGACCUCAAUUUCGUCGUGCAAGACCUGCCCGACAACGUAGUCAGCGGGCACGCCGCGCUCGCAGAGCAGCCAUCGAACAUCUCAUCGCGGAUCACCUUCCAAGCGCACGACUUCUUCGAAGAGCAGCCCUGCCAAAACGCCGACGUGUAUCUCCUGCGGAUGAUCCUGCACGACUGGCCCAUGCGCGAAGCCACGGCCAUUCUUAAGCGCCUCCUCCCCGCACUGAAGAAGUCCUCGCGCAUCAUCAUCAUGGACACGGUGCUCCCGCGACCGGGCUCGAUCCCGUCGGCAGAGGAGCGUCUGCUGCGUGCCAGGGACAUGACGAUGCUGCAGGCUUUUAACAGUCUGGAGAGGGAUCUUACGGAUUGGGAGGACUUGCUGAAGGGUGUCGAUGAGAGGCUCUCUCUUGUGAACGUGAUGCAGCCGGCUGGGAGCGUGAUGUCGGCUAUGGAAGUUGCUUUCGAGGCGUGAUUUUGAAUUAUGGAUCGGUGAUUGAUGUUUCCAUGCCGAUUGAACUAUGUCUGCGGGGGGUCCGAGGCCUGGGUCGAAUACUGAAACAGGUAGUAACUACUAACGAGUAAGCUGAAUAAUAG